AUGAGUGUACUGGCGAAAUUUACGGAGAAGUUCAACGCUGUUAACGAUGUUUAUCUGUCGCUUUUGGCAGAUAUUGACUCUAGCGAGACGAACUUGCGCAUUGCGCUGUUUUUCAUAGCAUUCAACCCCACUUUUUGGAACAUCGUUGCCAGACUAGAAUACAAGACUCAUUUCAUCACUAAGAUUGCAGGUUCUGCUAAACGCGGGUGCUACCUGCUGGCGUUCACCAUUUUUUCUUUAGGACUCGUGAGAGAUUUUUAUUUCCACCGCGCAUUGGAUUUCCAGCCGACUUCUACUCUGCUGGACUCUGACGCCGUGAGAGCGGCCGGGAUCGCCUGUCUCGCCACGGGCCAAGUGCUCGUCGUCACGUCCAUGUACCAAUUGGGCGUCACCGGCACGUAUCUGGGCGACUAUUUCGGAAUUCUCAUGGACAACAUUGUUACUGCGUUCCCCUUCAACGUUUCAGCCAACCCAAUGUACCAGGGCUCCACUUUGUCAUUCCUCGGUACCUCGCUGCUGUACGGAAAGGCAGCAGGGCUUUUCGCCACGGUUAUGGUCAAUUUAAUGUACACGCUUGCGCUUAAAUUCGAAGAGCCCUUCACAGCGGCAAUUUAUGCCAAGCGCGAUGCUGAAAAGGCUAAAAAGUCAUCUUAA